AUGUCGAUCGAUGAUUCGUAUGGAACGGCCGAUGAAACCAAUCACAACGAGACGGUCGGGAUUGCACCAAUUCACCAUCAUCAGCAUCAACACAUUAAUUACAUAGAUGCUCCCAUGAAACGAAAAAAGAAAUCAUCGGAGGCUCAUACAUAUGGAUCUUUUGUUGCCUAUUGUUUUUGCGUCAAUUAUAUUUUAGGAGUUGGUGUUUUGGGUGUUCCGAAUGGUUUUCAACAAGGUGGUGUUUUAAUUGGACCUAUUUUUCUCUUUAUUGUCACAAUAUUUGCAGCAUUGGUUUUGAAUUGGAUUUUGGAGACAUUGUGUCGGGCAAAUGCCUUCAUGAAAGUACAAGAAAAACAAAAAUUGGAAGAAAAAUCAUCUCUUCUUCAUCAUGACAAUGCAUCAAUGGGCACUAGUAGCGCUGCUGUUGAUGGUAACGGAACUGUUGUUGCUACUGCCACUUCUGACACUGAAAACAUUCUUUCAACAGUUGCUGGCACUCAAUAUUCGCCAUUCGUUCAAGAACGAGUGGUCAUCGAGGACCAUACGACCACAAGUGAGCUUUUUGAAUUUCCACAACGAAGAUAUGAAAUGAAUGAAUUGAGUCGAUUGUUUUUGGGAAGAAUUGGAAAAGUCAUUUAUGAAAUUGCAUUGUGUUGCUACUUGUAUGGUUCUUUGUGGAGUUAUUCAACAGUUUUUGCAGAGUCAAUGGCUUCACAUGUUCCUCUACCAAUUAAUGGAUGGUUUACGUGCAAUGUGUAUUCAGAUAAUUCUUCCACUUGUGACGCCUUGUACAAAAUUUAUGUGGGGCUUUAUGCUCUUGUAGUUGUGCCAAUGACAUGUUUGAAUUUGACUGAACAAAAACCAGUUCAAAUUAUUCUCACCAUCUUUAGAUAUGCGGCUUUAGCACUCAUGAUUGGAGUGGCAUUUAUUUCCAUGUUUUUAGAUCCUUAUUCGAGAUAUCCUUCAAAUCCACAUACAGCCAUGGAGAGGCAUCCUCCUUACGUGUCUGAAACCUAUCUAGCAAAGAGGACAAGGAAUCUACAUUCUGUUGCCAAUUUGUAUUUAUUCUCAAAUUUUGCACCACUCAGUUCCUGGUUUGGUAUUGUUCUGGCUGUGUAUUAUGGAGAUAAUAUUUUGGGAACAUGCUCUCUAAAUUUUGGAUAUUACAGAGGAGGAAAACCAUUUGGAAUGAGUACACCUAUUUGGGCCGAACUAAUUGUCUAUGUAAUUAUUCUAUUCCCUGCCAUUGAUGUUUUGUCAGCCUUUCCAUUGAAUGCAAUCACUCUCGGAAAUAAUAUUCAUGCUGCCUUUUUCACAGGAACUAAAUGGAUGGAUAGUCGAAAGGUACAAGUGGUGUUCCGUUUGAUUGCAGCUGUUCCACCAAUUAUUGGAGCAUUAUUUGUUUCUAAUUUGGAAUUUAUUUUGAAAUAUGUUGGAUUAUUUGGCUUCCUCAUUACAUUUGUAAUUCCUCCAACUUUAUUUCUGGUUUCAAAAUACAAAGCUCGCAAGCAAUUUGGCACCGAGAAAACCCCAUAUACCAGAUCUAUCAUCAGCUCUCCAAUUUUGGCUGUCAUUUGCAUAUUGUUCGGCGUUGCUGCUAUUAUUUAUUGUAUCAUUGCAAAUAUUGUGGAGAGUGUUAUCCAGAAAUAA